AUGAGCUACGAAACGGUGCUGGUUUGGAUGUUAUCUCUGAACAGAGAGUACGCGAAAAUUGAAUAUGAUACAGCGUACCAAUUGUGCAAACUAUGCUUCCCAAAUGACAAGUACAAAUACGACUUCAAUAACCCAGAUUCUUUUCGUAUGCUGAUGACCCAGCUGCUCCCCGUGCUAAUGAUGCGCCAUCGCCGCGUCCCUCGCGCCAAAUGGAAAGACCACGUAACCCCCGCAGGCAAACACUGGAUAGAACACAUACCGUCCGAAUCGUCAAAUAGGGCACGGCCGCCCAGCAUAGGCUACCAAUUGACUUUCCACAAUUCCCUAUGUGGCAUGGCGGUGACGCAGGGCACGCCAGCGCAGGUGGUGAAUAUCGGGCUGGGGGUCAAGCAGCUCAAGGUGGAACCGAGAGGCACAUCCGUCCCAGUCUAUUUCGAGUCUCUAUCCCACAAACUAACUCCACUAGAGAUCGCAAACGUCUCCAACAACCCGGACGAAAUCGUCCUCAAACGACUGUGCAUGCUCAUCGCACUCAAAGAGUCCUACAUCAAAGCGAUCGGGCAGCCGAUGGGGUUCGACUACUCGCGCCUCGAAUUCGACAUCCCCAACCGGCGCGCGACGGGCGACGGCAACCUGCUCAUGGGCUGGGAGUUCCGAGUGUUCGGCGCCAAGCUCGGCGUCGCGCGCGGCACGAUUCUCAAGCAGGAGGAGUACGAAUGCGUGUGCGCGUACUACCGCGGCACGGUCGAGACUACGUUCAUCUUCCACCAGACUCCGCAGGAGCUCGAGAAUUGGGUCCAGUUUAUUAACAUCGACCAGCUAAUGGCUGUUGCGUCCAAACUGGCCGCUUGA